CCGUCCCUUGCAAAUAGGAAAUACCUCCAUCCCCUUCUCUGGUGUCUCUCCUUCUCGCUCUCUCUCAGCCAACAAGCAAUGUCUUUCACAGCGUACAGAAGUCACCAACAACUUCUUUUCGCGUUCUGCGCUCUACUUAUAUUUCGUUGCUUUAUCGAAUCGGCCAAUGUCGUUAGUCAUCUUCCGGGCUUUGAAGGCAAGCUUCCUUUUUACUUGGAAACCGGGUAUGUAACAAUCGAUGAGGUUAGCGGGGCACAAAUGUUCUACUAUUUCAUAGAGUCCGAGAAGACCCCGAAAGAAGAUCCAUUGUUGCUAUGGCUCACUGGUGGCCCUGGUUGCUCCAGCUUAACGGCGUUAACUACAGAAGUUGGACCAUUACUCUUUGAGAGUACUCCUUAUAAUGCAAGUGAACAAACCUUACCCACAUUUGUCUCUAAUCCUUACUCUUGGACAAAGCUUAGCAGCAUCAUUUUUGUGGAUUGUCCUGUUGGUACUGGAUUCUCAUUCUCACCAAACUCUGAAAAUUAUUUCAGUGAUGACUUGCUUUUUUCAGAUGAAGUUUACAGAUUCAUAAGAAAGUGGUUUAUGGAUCAUCCUCAUUUCUUGUCGAAUCCUUUCUAUGUUGCUGGUGACUCCUAUGGUGGGAAGAUUAUACCAGUUGUUGCUGAAAAAAUUGCAGAUGGAAAUGACGCAGGACAGCAGCCGAUACUCAAUCUCAAGGGUUAUAUAGCAGGCAACCCUGUCACAGACGACGAAGAUGAGUACAGGAUGGCUGUUGCUUAUGGAUUUGGAGUAGGAAUGAUUUCAUUUGACCUCCUUUUGGCAGUAAAGACAAGUUGUGUUGGAGAAAAAAGCUAUGUGCAUAGAACGAAACCUGAUUGUGCUGCAAAUCUUGAUAUCUUUGAUGGGUUCUUGAAAGAAAUUUCGAUGGAUAAUAUAUUGUAUCCCGCAUGCCCUAUGGAUUUCGACCCAUGGAAGAAGAGAUUAUUCAAACCAUUCAGGAGGUCAUACCUUCUUGAAGGCAAGUAUGAUGGACUAUACAACCCACCACCUGCUCUAACUCCUAAUUGCCCAAACUAUGCUAAUUACCUGGUUUACUACUGGGCAAAUAACCCCGCAGUUAGAGAAGCUCUUCAUAUCAAGGAGGGAACUGUGCAAGAAUGGGUAAGAUGCAACUUUGAUAUGGCUUACAAUAUGAGCAUUAAGAGCAGUGCCCAGUACCACCUAAACUUUUUACGUAGGGAGUAUCGUGCGCUUGUUUACAGUGGCGACCAUGAUUUGCUCGUUCCUUUUUUAAGCACAACAAAAUGGAUAAGAUCCUUAAACCUUCCAAUUAGGGAUAAGUGGAGAUCUUGGCAUGUAGAUGACCAAGUUGCUGGAUAUACCGAGUUGUACUCAGUGAAUCUAACUUAUGCCACUGUUAAGGGUGGGAGCCAUACGGCGCCGAGUAACAAGCCGAAACAGUGCUUCGCCUUGUUUGAGAGGUGGCUUUCCGGCAAACCUCUAUGAUUUUGUCCGAGAAAAUGUUUUCUUUUUUAAGUUAGAUUUUUUUUUCUUUUUUUUUUAAUGUGGGCUUAACGUUGCUCUUAUUAGUUAAUUGAGAAAUAAAAAUGCUAAUCGAAAAAAUGUUUCUGUCUGGAUGGGACAAGUUUCUCAUGUUUUGAUUUUCUCAACUGUUCUAUCAAUUCUGUGAGUUUGUAAUUUGUAUUAUGUUUUACCUAUUGGAAAUAAUGUUAAUUAUAGCA